AUGAACUCAUGCAGUGAUCCAUUCCAGGAUCCGUCCAUGCUGCGUGCACAAUCAUCAGAUACAAAAGUCAUCAACUUGAUGGCUCCACCACCGGUUUCUUCAGUAGACAGUGUGCCGUCACUGUACCAGAUCCCGCCUUCUUCUUCUUCUUCUUUUGCUCCUAUGACUACUAAUCCAUCACAUUCGAACCUUAUGGAUGAGAUUAGUGAUCAGAUAAAGACUACAAAUAGUCAACAGAUUAUCAAGUUUAUGAGAAUAUUGAAUCUAGUACUGGCCUCGGCUACUAUUACAGUGGGUGUAUUGGCGUGGCUAUUGGGCCAAGUGAAUACAUUCCACAAGGCCAUUGCAGGGAUCUACAUCAUAUUGUUUGGUAUAUUGCUAUUGGCGUUUGAAUUGCGUACUGAUAAGACAGACGUGGUCCUGCGCACAAACUUUGGCUUUAUGUAUGGCAACAAGACACGGACCGUAUUUCUUGUCUUUAUUGCAAUCUGGCCGCUUUCGAUGGGUAAUUUCUGGCUGACGAUUCUAGACGCUGUGCUACUGUUCGUCAAUGCGUUUUUCAACUACUUUGUCAUCUCACAGCACCCAGCUUUUUCUACAAUGCCACCUGUACAAGACGUUAAUCAACCUCAAACCUAUCAACCUACUAGCAAUAUACCUCCUUCUGCUCACGCGAACGUGUAA